GAAAGAUAAAAUAAUUUUGUUGUUUUCAAGAAAGAUUUGCGUUCUUUACUCUAGUUUUACUUAGUAAUUCUUUAUGAUUUUUUUUUUAUCCAAUACAUAUUCUUUUACAUUUAUUGAAUGGUGUAUUAGCGAAAGUUGUUAAAUAAAAACUUGACAUUUUUUGAUAUUGUUUGCUCAGAGCAACUUUCUUCCUUAUAAAUCCGCAAUGAAUAGCUUAGGAUGGACAAUUAUCAUGAAGAGAGGUUGUCUCUUCUGUUCCAAAGAGACAGUGAACAUAAAGGGAACAAAGUAUAUUAUACGUGAUCGACUUGCGCAAGGAGGUUUCAGUCUAAUCGAUCUGGCAGAAAAUGCCACCACUCACAAAUUAUACGCCGUAAAACACAUUACAUGUCAUAGCAUCGAAGACCAAAAUGUAGCAUUGCGAGAAAUUGAAAACUGUCGUCGUGUAGAUUCAGAGAACGUAAUUAAGGUUAUAGACUAUGAAUUAAAAGGGUCGGCAGAUAUUGUCAUUAAUACCACAAGUGAUCUGUACAUAGUCCUGCCAUACUAUAAAAAUGGGUCAUUAGCAGAUCACCUUUUGUUACGAGCUCGAAAAGACGAUCAUAUGCCAGAAGCUCAAAUUCUGCAAGUAUUUUUAGGAAUUUGCAAUGGGUUAAGAGCAUUACAUGAAACAAAACCUGUACCGCUUGCACAUCGUGACUUGAAAACUGCAAAUAUUUGCUUAUCUGAUAGCUUUGAACCUAUCAUUGUCGAUUUAGGUUCUACGACAGAGGCACGUUUGCAAAUCUGCGGGCAGAGUGAAGCGCAACGAUUACAAGACGAAGCUGAAGAACGCAGCUCAAUCGUGUACCGGGCGCCUGAACUUUUCUCGGUGAAAUCCUAUUCUACUGUAGACGAACGUACAGAUAUAUGGAGCCUCGGUUGUGUACUUUACGCAAUGUGCUUCUUUCACUGCCCUUUUGAUGCUGUCUAUGAAAAGGGUGAUAGCGUCGCUUUAGCUGUAUUAAGUGGGAAUAUCAACAUUCCAGAAAAUUCCAUAUAUUCUGAAGAUAUGCAUGAAUUAAUUAAAUAUAUGUUACGUAUGGAUCCGAUGGAACGGCCAUUUAUAUAUAGUGUAAUCGAGAAAACACAAGAUUUAAUUCAUAAGCUGGAUGGACGUGUCUAGCAUAUUUCAGACGUGAUCCAAUUACUAAGCUUUUAUAAAUGUAUAGGCUUUAUUGACGAAGGCAUGGUAUUUUCGAAAACUAUAAAGAGCCCCAUUAUUUAAAGAAAAAAUACUAAAUUAUAGCAUAAUUGUAAUUUUCUAUAUUUGUUUUUAUAGCCUAAUAAUAUUUAAGCCAAAUAAUUG